AUGUAUCCCUUUCGAUGUGUCUGUCAUAGUCCACCAAAUCCCAUUCCCACUGAAGCUUCCCAGGAAAAAACCAUUAAUGGCGAAUUUCGUCAAAAUUCCACCAAGUCCUCCACCAUCUUCCAUGAUCAUCUUUCAUUUCUGAGAAACCCUCUGAACGAAAAGAUGAAUAUCCUCAAGAUCCUGCUAGUCCUAGGAAUCCCUGCAGUCUGUUUCUGUCAAGAAGAUCAGCUCUAUGAAACCUGCAGGCAGCCACUUCACUGCGGCGCCAUGGAAAACAUAAGCUACCCCUUCUGGGGAGGCGACCGGCCGGAGAACUGCGGCCGCCGUGACUUCAAGCUGACCUGCGAAGACGAUGUUCUUCGUAUAAACAUCUCUUCUGUAACUUACCGUGUUCUUGACCAUAAUCCCUCUGCAAAAACUCUCAGUCUUGCAAGAGAUGACCUCUGGGACUCUCCAUGUCCAUCCCUGUUCUUGAACAAUUCCUUGAAUCCAUCCCUUUUCGAAUUCUCCAGCUCCUUUGAUGCCGAGAACGUUUCUCUCUACUACCACUGCACCGUCGGUAGUCCGACGAGUCCCCCAAAUCCUUUUCUAAAUCGAUUCCUCUGUUGGGGGACUUGGAGCUUUUACCAGUACCCGAUUACGGAUGUAUCUGGGCUGGGAAGUGGAAUUCAAUGUGGACAUAGAAUUACUGUUUGGGUGAAUCAAUCUGUGGCCUCGAGUUUGGAAAUUCCUAAAUCUUCAUCUGUUGAUCUUCUACGGAAUGCUUUAAAGGAUGGGUUUUGGAUCCAUUGGACUGUGGAUGAUCUCGGCGGCUGCGACCGGUGCCUGCAAUCCGGCGGGGCCUGCGGCCAAAUUCCGACGUCGGGGAAGUUUGCUUGCCAUUGCAGGGAUGGACCUCAUGACUCCACCUGCAAUGAUGGAAAGGAGAAGUCGAAGAACACGGGGAUGAUCAUUGGCCUUCCUAUAGCUGGUGCAGUUCUUGCCGGCGCCGUGUUCGGAUGGCUGAUCUUUUACUACAAGCAGAGGCGGAAAGAUCGUAAGCAGCCGCUGGCAGCGCAGGCUGUCGCUAAGGACAUUACGACUCCUCAUCCUUCGAGCACGCCUUUGUCGACGCCUAAUUCGAGUAAUUUCACCAGAAGUAUUCCUUCUUAUCCCUCGUCGAACUCCGACCUCGACAGGGGCAGCUCAUCUUACUUUGGAGUUCAGGUUUUCAGCUACGCUGAGCUUGAACAAGCUACCGAUAAUUUCAACUCGUCUAGAGAGCUCGGCGAUGGUGGAUUUGGCGUCGUCUAUUAUGGGGAGUUGCCAGACGGUCGCACCGUUGCCGUCAAACGAUUGUACGAGAACAACUACCGGCGAUUGGAGCAAUUCAUGAACGAAGUCGAGAUCCUCACGCAGUUACGACACCCGAACCUGGUGGCGCUCUACGGAUGCACUUCGAAGAGAAGCCGGGAAUUACUGCUCGUUUACGAGUACAUACCAAAUGGAACAGUUUCCGAUCACCUCCACGGCAGCCACACGAAGUCCAGCCGGCUUUCAUGGCCGGUUCGUCUGAGCAUCGCUGUCGAAACAGCGGAAGCUCUGGGCUAUCUCCACAGAUCGAAGAUAAUCCACCGCGACGUCAAGACGAACAACAUUCUUUUGGACAACAACCUCCACGUCAAAGUCGCGGAUUUCGGGCUGUCAAGGCUAUUCCCGACGGGCGUCACUCACGUAUCGACCGCUCCGCAGGGGACUCCCGGGUACGUCGACCCCGAGUACUACCAGUGCUACCAUCUCACCGAAAAGAGCGACGUCUACAGCUUCGGAGUGGUUCUGAUCGAGCUUAUCUCGUCGCUGAUGGCUGUCGACACCAGCAGGCAUCGCCACGACAUCAACUUGGCGAACAUGGCUGUCAACAAAAUCCAGAACCACGCGUUGCAGGAGAUGGUCGAUCCGAGCCUCGGAUUCAAAACGAAUCCGAUCGUCCGGAGGAAGAUCACCCUCGUUGCCGAGCUGGCCUUCCAGUGCCUGCAGCCGGACAGGGAUAUGAGGCCCUCCAUGGAUGAAGUUCUUGAUGCCCUGAAAGGGAUUCACAGUGAUGACAUGAAUGCUAAUAAAGCAGAAGCUGUCGAAAUAUUAGUCGAUAGCGACGAAACGGGGCCGCUCCGCGGCAGCGCGGCGCCGUCGUCGCCGCCGGAGGCGUAGACGGGAAUGCUCAUCGGAGCAAUCCCUAAUUCUUAUGAAUCAUGUAGAAGUGUAGAGAUCAAAAGCCAUCUGAUGCCAAUUUUCUGUCUGUAUAAUUAUGGUUUUGAUGGUAACUAGACUCGUUUUUUUGUUUGUAAUGAGUAAUGAAUGAAUUAUUUGUACCUUGUUGUAAGGUAAUAAAGAUACCCAUUUAGAUAAUUCCCUUUUCUUCAAA